AUGUAUAUAUAUAUUAUAAUACUUCUAAUAGUUAUAUGUCUUAUCGUCUUGUUUUGGAAAAGAGAGAAUUCGUCUCUGCUUAGAAAAAAUUCCAUGGCAGAGGCUUUGAUUGACGAUCCAGUUUAUGUUGCAGUAAGCACAGAUGUUUCUGAAAGCAGACUGACUCUCACAUGGGCAUUGAGGCAUCUCCAGCCCAAAAAGCUUUACCUUCUUCAUGUUCAUCAACCCAUUUCCAUCAACCCUACUUCAAGUGGGCUAGAACAAAGCGAGAUCGAUGCUAUUCAGGAGUCCGAACUGACGAGUUCGUAUGAGAUCCUUCUCAAGUACCGUGAUAUCUGCGUAGUUGAAGGAAUUCUCGAACAAGAUGUGGAUAUAUCAUAUAGUUUGGCAAAUAAUGUUGGGGAAGGGAUUGUGGAACUUAUCUAUGAAAACAAUAUCAAGAAGCUUAUUAUGGGAGCAGCUGCUGAUUCCCACAACUCCGAGGACAUGGUUAACAUCACAUCUAGAAAAUUCGAUUAUGUGACUAAACAUGCGCCUCAUUGCUGUAAAAUUUGGCUUGUGGGUAAUGGAAAUCUCAUCCAUACGAGGGAGGGACGGUUUGAUCGUAGGGGUUCACCGCACCCCUCCUCUGAAUCUUUAACUAGCCUCCAGGGCCUUGAUUCUGCUUUAGUACCAUAUGAGGAAGCAGUGAGAGGUGAAAAUGAUGUGUCGCAUGCCCUAUCUUCACCUGAAGACCAAUCAGCUAGAGGGUUUGAGACAAUGUACUAUGAACAGCAGAGACGGGGAUUAGAAAUUGAGGAACGCAGGAUAAAAGCGGAGGAGGACCUGAGAGCAGAAAUCGAAAACAUGAAGGGGAUCCAAAAGGAACUCGAAGAACAGCUUUAUAUUGAUUGCCCCCGUCAGUUUGAAAUGUUCCAGAAAGAGCGAGAUGAAGCUAUGAAAACAACCGUAGAGCUUUUGAGACUUCUAAACCUGGACAACAGUGAGUCAGCAUCACAUUCACCACCAUCCUCGUUUCAGCGGUCGGUUUCGAACGAGCCUCCCCCAUAUUUUCUCUGUCCCAUUACACAGGAAGUAAUGCGAGAGCCUAGUGUUGCAGCCGAUGGGCACACCUAUGAAGCUGAAGCCUUAAGAGAAUGGCUCGACAAUGGUCACGAUACCUCACCAAUGACGAACCUUAAGCUCGCCCAUCGUAACCUUGUCCCUAACCACCCCCUUCGUUCUGCCAUUCAUGAGUGGCUUCAAGAACACUCUUAAAGAAUCUCUGGUUAGUGUUGUGAUUUGUGAACAUCCUAAAUCUCAAGUUAUAUGUGUGUUGGUUGUGUUUCAAAAAAAAAAAUGUGUUGGUUAAAAAAGUUGUUAUGAAUAUGAUGAGUGGAAUUCAUUAAAUCCCAUA